AUGGCGUCCCGCCCCAUCUUUACUGCCACGCACCCCCGUGCAUGCUCUACGGCUUUUGAGCGAGUCUUCAUGGCCCGCCGCGAUAUCCUAGAGAGCGUCCACGAGCCUUUCGGAGAUGCCUUUUACUAUGGUCCUGAAAUUCUCAGUGAUCGUUUCAGAAAUGACACAGCCACUCGUGAACAGAGUGGUUUCUCUCACAAGACUUACAAGGACGUCCUUAACGAGGUCAUGGAUGCGGGCAAAGAUGGCAAGCGAAUCUUCAUCAAGGACAUGGCUUACUACCUCAUGGCCCCAGACAGCAAGCCCACCAAGGUUGCGCCGUCUCUAGGCGAGGAAGAGCCUGGUAACCCCACCGUGUUGCCACUAGAGGUCCUGAAGCAAUUCCAAUUCACUUUCCUCAUCCGCCACCCUCGCCGAGCUAUUCCUUCGUACUACCGAUGCACAGUGCCACCUCUGGAUGAAGUCACAGGUUUCUAUGAAUUCAUGCCAAACGAGGCAGGCUAUAAGGAGCUCGUGCGAUUCUUUGAUUUCCUGAUCAAAGAGAACAUUGUCGACAAGGACAACCUUGUCGUCAUUGACGCCGAUGACCUUCUCGAUAACCCCGAGAAGACCGUCCGCCUUUACUGUGAGAAGACUGGCAUUGAUUUCAAGCCCGAGAUGCUAGAGUGGAACGAAGAAGAUUGUUCUUACGCCACAGCUGCCUUUGAAAAAUGGAACGGCUGGCACAACGAUGCUAUCAAGAGCUCGGCUCUCAGACCUCGCACUCAUCACCAGAAGACGUUGACGGUCGAGAGCGAAGACAAGGAAUGGACUACAAAGUUUGGUCCCGAGGCGCAGAAAGUGAUCCGCAAGACCGUUGAAGACAACAUUGCCGAUUACGAGUACCUGAAGCAGUUUGCGCUGCAAAUCUAA